GAAGCACCCGAAUUCGAGUUCGGGAAAGAAAAUGAAAUUUAUACGUUGCUAGCUAAGUACUUAUCUUCAACCUAGCCUGGAUAUAUGUAUGUAUCGUGUCUGCCUCCAUCACGAUCAGUCACUUGCGAGCCUGAUACCGUGAACCACACAUAGCUAAUGUGCUUUAUACGUGUAACAUUAGCUAGGCUACUUGUUUGUUUUGCCAUUGCAUAGUUAGCUAACGGCUGCGCUAACGAACCAGAUUGCAAGCUAGUAGCUAAGUCUAUUUAUGCUAACGGCUAACGGCUGCGCUAACGAACCAGAUUGCAAGCUAGUAGCUAGCUGUUUAUGCUACCAGCUGGCUAGCUGUACAGUUUUUUGUUUGACAUGGCUUUCCCUGAUUCGAUAGCUGUCCACGACGCGUUCAUCCUCCUCUGCAGCUUCUUUGCAUUGUGCCUCAAGUUUGGGUUUGCGUUUGUGGAGGCAGGCAAAACAGAUCCAAAGAACGUCUCCAAUGUCAUCUUUAAAAAUGUAGCAGACACAUUUGUCACUUUGCUGGCUUUCUUUCUCCAUGGCUAUGCAUUUGCCUUUGGGGAGCACAACGCUGUUAUCGGAACCCAAUUCUUCCUCACACUGAACAAGACAAACAUGGUAAACUUCUUCUUCAACUAUGUUCGCUGUGCUGUAGCCACUACUCUGGCACUAGGGGCUGCCAACGAGAGGACAGAACCAAUCGGCUACCUCAUAUCCGCAUACGUUUUCUCAGGAAUAAUCUACCCUCUGGCUUGUCACUGGGUCUGGGACCAGCAAGGCAUCUUCAGUCCAACCUCCACCUCCUACCCAUCACAGGACUAUGCAGGCAGCGGUGUGAUCUUCUUGCUGGGUGGUGCAGCGGCAGCUGUCUCACUGCGGGUUAUAGGAUCACGGGCUGGACGCUGGAGUCCCCAUUUCAAACGGACAGAGCACAGCCAGCCUAUGGUGGUGCUGGGAGGAUGCCUUCAAAUGCUGGGCUUCUUGGGCCUGGUGAUAGGCACUCACCCCCGUGUGUUGGAUGCUGAUGAGGGCCUGUUACUGGGGCUAGGCACUGUAAACUUGCUGCAUGCUGCUACAAGCGGAGGACUCUACGGACUAAUGAUUCAACGCAUCGAUAAGAACUACUAUGAUCUCGACAGCAUGCUCUCUGGGGCCAUUGCUGGCAUGGUGGCAGUGUGUGCAGGAGUAGACACCUACAUGCCUGGUGUGGCAGUCAUGUGUGGGGCCACUGGAUCUCUCCUCUUUAUUGGCUUUCGCCGCUUCCUCUGUGCUGUGAGGGUGGAUGACCCCCUUAACAUCAUCUCCGGGUACUUAAUUCCAGGGGCCUGGGGCUUGAUGCUUGCGGGUUUAUUCUCUGAUCAUGGGGCUCUUGGAGGACAUAUCCAGGUGUUGGGGAACAAUUGCAUUGUGGCACUGGUGUUAUUCUUCUGGGCAGUGGCUAUUAUGUACCCUCUUCUCUCCAUACUCAUGUGUUUUGGAGUGCUGCGAGUCCCCCGCUUCAUGGAGAAACAAGGAAUAGACAAAAUGAGACACACGCUAAGACACCCUCACGGCACCAGGAAGUCACUGAACUAACCCCAGACAGAAACAUCAAUCCAGAGACAAUGAAGUUAAACCUGGGGAUAAUUUUUGAAUGUUUUUUUCUAAACAAUUUCUUAAUGCAUAACUAAAACAUUUGUUAGCAAGCAUAUUUGUUCCAGAGUAAUCCUCUUUUGUUUGCACCAUAGUUUCAUAUUGAGAAGGAUGGCAAUACAAAAUAUUUACAAAGUCAAACAAUUUAUUGUAUGAAUUACAGAUGUCUUGAGUAAGGCAAACACUACUACACAAUUGCCCCAUGUUUCUAGGUGGAAUUUAUUAGGGAAGCAUUUAGUUGUGAGGUUAUUUGGGGGCCGAACAGUUAAAGUCAAAUAAAAUAAAAUGCACUGUCCAAUAACUGACAUCUUUGAUAGCAGAUAAACAUCCACUAUAUUUGCGUGAAAAAACAGGUAGUGCAACUAGUGGAAUGUAGGCAAAUGAACACACAACAAAAUCUUCAAGGUCAAUGGGAACCUGUUGUAAGUUAUUAUUAUUGUUUUUUUAAACAUCUGUGGACAUUUACCCUAAAUUCAGAUAUAAAAUUCCCAAUAAAUUACUAAUUGUAUUACUAUGACAUGUUAUCCCAUUCUAUCAACCACAAACCUAGCAGUUUCAGGGACUCCUCAGACUGUAUGUACAGCAUGCGUUUAGUUUUUUUGGGAGGCUGGUUUGGGAAUAGAAUAGGGGGUUUUGGGGAUGAGUCAUAGACUACCGACCUGGUGGCAGAACAGUUUGCUCUAUAGCCAACCCUUUUGUUGUGCUCAUGACAACAAGUAGCUGGCUUUAGCACAUCUGGGAACAGGCUGAUAGAAUACUACAGACAGCAAGGUUUACUUUGAUCAGCUGAAAGGGAAAGGUUGUAGAGUGUAAAGAAAUGCAUAAAGUCUUUAGGUCAUUUGCCUUUCUUUGAUGAACCAAACCCCGAGAAUCCCAUCACAGCAGCCAUUUCAUCAU